AUGAAAGGUCCGGAGGUAGCCCGAGUUACAUACAGCUACGUGCAGAAGAUGCGAGCAGCAGCUAGCCACUUUUUCGUGCGCGUUUACAAGCUCGGUGGCGCAACGGAGGAGUGGUCUGAGGACCCGCGCAGACCCGGUCGCUGGCGAGGCAACCCGUGCAUGUCGCAGACGGUCGUCCAGUACAUGGCCAGCCUCAAACGUCGCAUGACCCGCAACGGCGCCGAAGUGAUCAGCGCACAAGCGAUAGAUGAGAGCAUGCUAAAGAAGCUCUAUGAGCAGAACAAGAAUUACCCGAUUGAGGACGACCUGAUUACGAAGACACGCAAGCGCAAGGCGGACGAACUGGACUCCGAGCUCGGUCUCUGGGCUGGGUACAAGCUGCGGACGAUGAUCCAGGCACUGUACAUAGUCUCGUUCAUCUGCCUGCUGCGGUACGACGAGGCCCUCCGCAUCCAGUUCAACCAUAUUGAGCUUGCCUACGACGAGGACGAGCCUGUGGUGAUCCUUCGGCUCCCCUUCCGCAAGACCCAUCAGACCGGAGGCAUCCUCCCGUUCUACCUGUGGCGCAACCCGGAGAAGCCAUGGUUGUGUCCAGUCACCGCAAUUGCAAAGUGGUACGCUCUGUUCAACCACAUGAACUACGAGCCUCGCGGCUACGUUUUCCGGUCCCGGAGCGGCUACGACCAGAUUGCCAGCAGCCCAACAGACGGCUUGAGUUCGGCCGCAUUCAUGACGAUCUUCCGCUGCAACCUGUUCGAAAUCGGCAAGGACCCACGCCCGUUCGGCACACACUCAUUCCGCCGUGGUGGUUGCCAGUACCUGGCAAUGGUUCGCCGCUGGCACAUCCGCGACGUCUGCCUGUGGGGCGGGUGGAGCACUCGGAGUGACAACCCGAGCACGGUGUGGAAGUACCUUAGCUCCAUCGUGGACACUCCAAACGUCCAGCGCCAGGACUUCUUCAACCCGUACCGCCUCGGGACCGCACCAUGCACCCAUUGCCGCCGCACCUGCCACUGCGCUUGA